AUGGGUUGGUGCGCGGGCAGCGGGAGCUCAGUUCCGAAUUUGCCCUACAAAGCACAAGAGAUAGGGCGUGACCAAGGACUCAGAACGGUGUACGCGCGUACGCCUCUUGACGACAAAGGAGCGUGGAUGAAGAGGAUGAGCCAAGCGUCGGUACGCUUCGGUUGGCCUGGACAAAGAAGAAGUGUCGCGAGUCAAGCGUCGUUGCGCUUGGGCGAGCCCUGGACGAGCAAGGAAGCGUGUCAAGCGUCGGACCGGUAUGAAGAAGAUCCCAACAGUAUGACAGUGGUGAUGGAGUGCAUUGCGACGGAUGCGGCGGUGACGGAUCGGAAACGUGCUGCUCGAUAUGUCGCUACUGUACGACCUGUUAUGGCAGUAGUGCGAUUUGCACGUACCGGUGGGUACGACGCACCGAGCAAUGAAACUAACGAUGACGUACUGGCACUCGAAGAAGACACGCAAAUCUUUGGAAGCGCUCGGGGUGACCGUAUACGAAGUGCUGAAGAAGGCGCCGCGCCACGUGUGGAGCAGGACUCGAUGACAACAGCGGUAGUCAGAGGCGAUAACAGACGACCUUUACUGGAAGAUACGGCGCAGUGCCGCAACGACCCAAGUGUGACAGAGGCAAGCGCUGCCAGGAAGCUUGUGAAGAAUCAGUGCAAGCGGGAAGGAGUGAAACGAGCCCUGGUCUCUCGAAACGAACCAGGGGACGCCCUAUGA